AUGGCACAUUGGGUGGAUGUUGGUGUCACGCUGUCGCAGCUGGCUGAAGCAGACACCGACAAGCUGCUUCCGGCCAAUGAAAGCAACAUUGGCCUUGGAGUGACUCCUAAAGACCAGGUGCGCAAGUUCUACGAGCAGAGCUCAGACAACAAGACAUUGGAGUCUAAAGCCUGGCUGACCGACCCGCAUUUUUUCCAUACUGUGCACAUCAGCAGUCUGGCGCUGAUGAAAAUGAGUCUCCAUGCACGCUCAGGCGGGUCCAUCGAGAUCAUGGGCAUGAUGACGGGCAAGAUCUUCGACGGCAACAUUGUUGUCCUGGACAGCUAUCCUCUUCCCGUGCAGGGAACUGAGAGCCGUGUGAACCCGCUCAACGAGGCGUACGAGUUUAUGUUGCAAUUUCUAGAACAUCAGAAGAAGCAGUCCAAUCGGUCGGAGAAUAUUGUUGGCUGGUACCACUCUCACCCUGGUUUUGGCUGCUGGCUAUCUGGAAUUGAUGUCAAGACACAGGAACUGAACCAGGGAUUCCAGGAUCCGUACGUCGCUGUCGUGAUCGACCCGGAGAAGUCGCGAAAACAGGGGUUUGUGGAUAUCGGAGCGUUUCGCACGUACUACCCUGAGCAUCUUGCGAUGCUGGAGACGCAGCAACCGAAGUCAGCAAAACGCGACCUGGGCCACCACGCAGACAAAUAUUACUCUUUGGACGUGAGCAUUUUCAAGUCCGAGAAAGACGAGCAGGUUUUCGAGAGCCUAAAUUCAAAAUUCUGGUACAAAGAUCUGGUGCAGGCGCCGGAGCAGGACCAGUUGCUGGAGAUAAAUAAAAUUAGCCAAGUCUCGAAACAAAUCAGUCGACUAAAGCCUGUUGUGAAAAAAAGCGUGGGGCCGCCAAACUCGGCGAGCUCGACAGGAGCCCCGGAAACCAUGCUACAUCGCUAUGAAUCGGAAAAAGUGUCCAAGUCCGAGGAGCAGGCUAAAAACAUUGGCCUGCUGCUCAACUCGCUCGCCAUGACCGAAUACGAUCGCAUCUUGAAGACGGAGGUCUCUCGUCUCCGCAGGUAG